AUGGGGAAGAUGAUUAGAGAACCUCUGGGUGUUGCCGAUUCUUCAUUGAAGCAUGUCUCUGUUCUUGGCAGAGGGGGCUUUGGCUCUGUCUCUCUCGAACAUGAUUCUAACUUCCGACUCUACGCUAAAAAGUCGUCUUCGUUCAGUAACUUGAAGAAUCUCGAUAAAGAGCGUAGGAUCAUGCUCUACUUCCACGAUCAUCCUCGCAUCGUCCAGGCCUCAAGCUCUGUUCUUCACUUAACGAGCCAACCAGAAGGAUGUCACAUCUAUAUGGAGUUUGCCUCCAAAGGCACUCUCUUCGAUAUGAUCACACGGUUUCGUGGGAAACCAAUGCCUGAGAAUAUGAUCGGACGUGCCGCUCUCAUGAUCCUACAAGGACUCGACGCUCUUCACUCACACGGCUACGUUCACUGUGACCUCAAGCCAGCCAACGUCCUCGUCUUCCCUUCCACCACUUCUGGAGAGCCAUGGGACCUUAAGCUUGCUGAUUUCGGUUCAUCUAAAGAGCCUUGUACGGAUUCUAGGUCGUUAUUUCCUGGUACGUUGCACUACAUGCCGCCAGAAUCUCUUGGAGCGGACUGGGUGAUGGGAUCGUCGGCCGUUGAUAUAUGGUCUCUCGGGUGUAUGGUUAUUCAGAUGUUUGGAGGUUGUCCAGUGAAGAUGAGAGAAUGUUACAUGUGGAGGCUUCCCAAACGUGUCUCUCCAGUGGCCAUCGACUUUUUGAGACGGUGCUUGGCGUUGCAGCCGUCACGUAGGGCCACAGCGGCCGAGCUGUUGAGCCAUCCUUUUGUUGCGCAAAAAGACAGUACUACUGUUCCAGUCACAGAGAUGCUUCUGUUUCCUUCUUUCUUAAGGUUUCCUUCCUCCAUAAUGAGCCAAGUGGUGAAAGAAUAUUAUAGGUUACAAGGAGGAGUUAGGGUUUGA